UUAUUACCUUUACAUAAUAUCUGUACCUGUACCCGCUGGUACCAGUUCUCGCUUCUUACCCGUACCUUUACUUGUACUUGUACCCGUACCUGUACUCCCGCACCCACACCUAGAUCCGUAUCCGCAUCCGCAUCCGCAUACGCAUCCGCAUAGGCAUCCGCAUCCGCAUCUGCAUCCUCAUCCGCAUCCGCUUCCGCAUCUGCAUCCGCUACCACACCGCAACCGGACCCUCAUCCCGCACUUGCACCUGCACCCGCACCCGCAACCACACGUACCUACACCCGCACCCGCCCAAGACUCGCACCCACACCAUAUCGAUACACAUAAUUUAAUUGCAGCUAAAUCUUGCGUAGCUCUGCAUCCUGCACCAGUCGUGUAUCGUGAGAGGUUCUGGUUAUUUCGCCCAUUGGCCCCACAGUUACAGCGUAAGAUCCGCUGCGGGUAACCUAAUAUUCGACAAACUUAUAUUUGCGUUUGGUAAAGUAAUCGGGUCUAGAGAUCAAGCCGCACAAUUCGGUUUGUUUUUGUACUGCAGAAGAGCUAUUCGAUCAAUUUAAGUCUUAGUCCAAGUCACUCAAAGUGGUCCAAUCUUACAAUUAUGUUAGUAAUUACUUCAAUUACUUACAGUAUAGUUGAAAACCGCGCCAUGAAGUACUGUUUACAAGAGAAAGGCAAGGGAUGCGAAAGGCCGAAACUCGACCCAUUUUCUGCAGAAGUUAUGGCAUUAACAGACGAUGUGCCGAAAGUAACUUGUAAAGCCUUUGAUUGGGUAAUAUGUAAGGUAUGAAUACAUUUUGACCAGUGCCGAAAACUUUUAAAGAGAUAGAAAUCAAAAUGCUAUGUUGCCCAAGAAGUAUUCAAUAACAUAACAGAUGUCAGUUGUACUUACAGCGAUAUAAUAUAUGUAAAUGAUCGAGAAUAUUAUCUCUCCAACAAAACUAUAGUGAACGGAGGAGACAAGUAUACACUUAAUAGAAGUGACCACGUCAGAGUGUCAUGUACUGGUAGAUAUAAGCACACAUAUUUUAGUUUAUUUUCUCCGCGAUGGGAAGGCGUUAAAAUGGGCUUACGCCCAGUGGAGACACUACCAGUGCCUCCCAAUCGUGAAGAUUCCUACAACGUUAUGAUCCUAGUCUUCGAUUCUACAUCUCACAAUGGAUUUAUAAGGAAAAUGCCGAAAAGUUACAAGUAUUUAUCUGGAAAAGCUAUCACCAUGAACGGUUACAACAUCGUUGGUGCUGGAACUCCUGCAGCUUUAUUUCCUAUACUUACUGGGAAGCCAGAAGAACAACAUCCCGAUUCAAGAAUAAAAGUAACAAACAAUGUUUACGUUGACCAUACAUCAUUUAUUUUCCACAAAUUGAAGAAUCUUGGAUAUCACACAGCAUAUUUGGAAGAUGACCCACCAACAGGAACCUUCCAAUUAAGGUUCAAUGGUUUUCGACAGCAACCAGCAGACCGUUACCUUCGUGCAUUCUUCCUCGAAGAUAAGAAAAACAUGUUUUCGGAAAAGUUCUGCAUUGGUGACACUCCUGUGUAUAAGUUUCUCAUAGAUAUGUCCGAUGAGGUAUUUCAGUUGGAUGGCAAAAAAUUUUGUUUCACAAUUACAUCAGACAUUAGUCAUGAUAACUUCGACUUGAUAUCGUCGGCAGAUGAUUCACUUUUGUCAUUCAUGGAGACUUGGAGUGCUAGACACAGAUCAGACACUCUUCUGAUUGUCAUGGGUGACCAUGGAAGCAGGUUCUCGAAACUACGUGGAACCUAUCAAGGCAAACUAGAGGAACGUUUGCCCCUACUCUCCUUCUUUCUUCCAGACAGAUUCAAACGACUCAGACCUGACGCUGUAGAGGCACUAAUUCAGAACGUGGAUAGAGUCACGACACCACUUGAUUUACACACCACAAUAUUAGACGUGCUGGAUUUGAAAGAAUUAAGCGAUAAGUACACAGUCCCUGGUUGUGAUUUACCCAGAGCUUUGAGUUUAUUAGAACCGAUACCUGCAAAUCGCUCGUGCGCCGAUGCUGGCAUCGCUCGACAUUGGUGCAUGUGCACGAAGUGGCGCAAUGUGUCUACAUCGUCUCCUAUGUACAACGAAAUAGCAACUGCUCUUGCCGACUAUAUUAACUUUCUUACUUCAGAACAACGAUCGAAGUGCGAAAGAAGACAAAUCACAUCUAUAAAAUCAGUUUUGGUACAGAAAGUUGACGAUCAGUUAUUGAAAUAUGAAUACUCUAAAGAAGAAGAUGCAUUUCUUGGAAAUCCUCAAGCUCCUGCUCCAAGAACACAGUAUGAAUACUACAUGACUACGAUAAUAAUGAACCCUGGACAAGCAAUAUUCGAAGGAUCAGUUAUUUACGAUACAAAAACCAAUUCGUCUACAAUCAAUAAAAAUGAAAUAUCAAGACUUAGUGCAUACAAAAACGAACCGCACUGUAUCACCGCAACGCAUCCACAUCUAAAUCCAUUCUGCUAUUGCAAAGACCUACUUUGAAGUUAAGCUAUGUAAAGAAAUAUUUAAGCUAUGAAUGUUAAGCGUUAGCCUAUGUUCAGAUGGCAAGCGUUAAGCGCAUUUUUAUAAUGCGCGUUUACAACUGUUUGCAUUUCACAUACAUUUUAUUCAAGCCGCUCGUAUGCUAACGCGCUUUAAACGUGCGUUAGCAUGUGCACCAAAGCUUUAGGCCGAAUAAAAUGCAUAUAGUUGUAAGCACGCCUUAUAAAAACGCGCGCUUGUCGCUUGCAGUCUAAACUAAGCCUUAGGAUCAUAGAACUUUAGUUACAUUAAGUUUCGUUUAAAUCUGUUAAGCUUUCUCCAUGAAUAAGGAGUUUUAAGUUAGUAUGAAAAUCCGAUACGAUAGCAAUCUACAAACGUUCAAAGUUAUAUUAUAUUGAUAGAGAUACUUGUAAAUUGACAGGAUUAUGCCAGAUUUAUCAUUACCUAAUUUAUUUAAACUUUAUUGCAUAUGAACUGUGAAAUUGGCGGACUUAAUGUCGUCGACAUUUUCUGAUAAUCAAUGAUAGGGUGAUGCAAAACGAUAAAGCGCUGUUAUUAAGGAUCCUGCGCCACCAUUGGCAAUGCUGGGUUGGUCAACAUCGAUGCUGGGUCAUGAACGUCUGCGAGUGUGA